ACUAUUUAGUGUAGUAUCAAAUUCCUUACAAAAAACGCCACUUUCAUAUGACAAUGUUGUCAAAUAAAAAAUCGUUAUUACCAGUUUUUAUAUUUUUUCUACCUGGUAUUUAUUCACAAAAAUAUGUAACAUUACUUGUAGUGAUGGAAAAGCCAGAUUCUACUCUAUUAGGGGCACUAAACGAAAUUCUUCCGAGGAGCGAAAAAGAUGCAGGAACUAAUCAAUUGAAACUUGAGGCAAAGACAAUUGAAGUUGAUAGGGAGAAUGUAGACGCCAGUUAUCAACAAGUAUGUCAAUACUUGUCCGGUGGAAUAACAUUGAUAAUUGACUUUACUUGGACGGGUUGGGAUAAAUUAAAAAAAAUUGCCUCGUCCCAAGGUAUUGUCUACGUACGAGGUGACGUAAGCAUAAGUCCCUUUGUACAAGCAAUGGAUGAUUUACUUUAUAUGAAAAACACCACCGAUUCAGCAUUAAUAUUCGAAAAUGAAAAAGAACUAAACGAGACUCUUUACUAUUUGAUUGGAAAUUCAAUCAUCAGAUUAGUUGUCAUUGAUGACUUUUCGCAAAAGCAAGUUGAAAAAAUUGUUAAUAUGAGGCCUUUGCCUUCUUACUAUGUAAUUUAUGCGAGUACGGAAAAUAUGGGAACUUUAUUUAAAACGGCACUGGAUGGGAAAUUGGUGACGAGAAAUGGAACUUGGAAUCUCGUGUUCACUGAUUUUCGAUAUAGAAAUUUUAAAUAUUACAAACCGCAAAAUGAAAUGGAGAGAAUUAAUUUUACAAUCACGACAUUAAAUAUGAAAGACGAAGUUUGCUGUCGUCUAUUGUCGCAGACAGAUUCAAAUUCAACCUCAUCCAUCUGUGACUGUUCCAAGGAUAAGAAAAUAUCAUCAAUGUAUUUUCAACGCCUCAUUGAAUUUAUAAUUAAAAUUUUGAAAAAUAUCGACACUGGUUCACCAAUAAAGGGAGAUUGUAAAAAUCCCACCGCACAAUCAUCUAAGAAUAUUACAUCAAUAUUUUUUGAUCAAGUAAAUGUGGAAUUGAAACAAUCGGAUAAAUUUUAUUUUGAUAGUGAAAAAUUGUUAAUAGCUUAUAAUGCAGAAAUUGAGAUAAAUAUUUUACAACGAGGUGGCGUGACAAAUAUUGCAACUUGGACAAAAAGUGGUAAUGUUAAGGCACUUCCUGAUCAAGAAAUAGUUGCUGCUAAACGUUAUUUUCGUAUUGGAACGGCACCGGCCAUUCCAUGGACAGUAGGGGAAACGGAUGCAAAUGGUAAAACUGUUUGGUCUGGAUAUUGCAUCGAUUUGAUAGAGAAAUUGGCAGAAGAAAUGGAUUUUGAAUAUGAUCUCGUUGUUCCUGACGAUAGAGAAUUUGGAGCGAAAACCGCCAAUGGCGAUUGGACUGGCUUAGUUGGUGAUUUAUCAAAGGGGGAAACCGAUAUUGCCGUCGCGGCAUUGACAAUGACAUCUGAAAGGGAGGAAGUCAUCGAUUUUGUUGCUCCCUAUUUCGAACAAUCGGGAAUUUUAAUUGUUAUGCGAAAGCCAGAAAGAGAGACGUCACUUUUUAAAUUCAUGACCGUCUUAAGGGUGGAAGUUUGGUUGAGCAUUGUUGGCGCUUUGACACUAACAGCCGUGAUGAUAUGGUUUUUAGAUAAAUAUUCGCCUUACAGUGCAAGAAAUAAUAAAAAACUCUAUCCAUAUCCCUGCAGGCAAUUUACACUAAAGGAAAGUUUUUGGUUUGCUCUAACAUCAUUUACACCGCAAGGUGGAGGAGAGGCACCAAAAGCUCUUUCAAGUCGUACACUUGUUGCGGCCUAUUGGCUAUUUGUCGUUUUAAUGUUAGCCACAUUCACUGCCAAUUUAGCCGCAUUUCUCACCGUCGAACGAAUGCAGUCACCCGUACAAUCGCUGGAACAAUUGGCUCGACAAUCGCGAAUAAAUUACUCGGUUCUGACGAAUUCGACAAUUUAUCAAUACUUCAAAAAUAUGAAGAAUGCAGAAGAGAAACUUUAUAAAGUUUGGAAGGAAAUGACAUUGAAUAGUACAACAGAUCAAGUGGAGUACAGGGUAUGGGACUAUCCAAUUAAAGAACAAUAUGGUCAUAUUCUUCAGUCGAUAAAUCAGGCGGGAUUAUUAAAUUCAACUGAAGAAGGUUUUAAGAAGGUUUUAGAGAGUAAAGACUCGUUAUUUGCCUUUAUUCACGACUCUCAGGAAAUAAAGUACAGAGUCACUUUAAAUUGUUCUUUGACUGAAGUUGGCGAAGUUUUUGCCGAACAACCUUAUGCAAUCGCUGUACAACAAGGCAGUCACUUACAAGAGGAAAUAAGCAGAAAAAUAUUGGACUUACAAAAGGAUCGCUUCUUCGAGAGUCUUAAUUUUAAAUAUUGGAAUGCAACUCUUAAAAGACAAUGUCCUGAUGCUGAUGAUAAUGAAGGAAUUACUUUGGAAAGCUUAGGUGGAGUUUUUAUAGCAACAUUAAUUGGAUUGGCAUUGGCAAUGCUCACAUUGGCGGUGGAAGUUUUGUAUAAUAAAAAGAAGAAUAAAACGCAGGAUUUAAUGAAAAAGGAAAGUAAAGAAUAUCAAUUGACAGAGAAGGCAAUGAGGAAUUUUUUGAAAAAAUUACCAUUUAAAGCUGCACCAACUGUUGCGUUUAUUGAAAAACCACCGCCACCAAAACCACGAAUCUCACAUAUUUCUGUUUAUCCACGACCAAUACCUUUUAAAGAAUAAUAAUAAUAAUUAAUUUUUCAUAUAUUAUAUAUAAAUAAUAAGC